CUUUAAUCUAUAUUUCAGAAGUUCCAAUGGUCAUCAUUAUAUUAAAUCAUAUUUAAUCUAUCUCAGUUUAAAGUAGACAGGAUGGCGGACGUAGACUGCAUUACAUUGGAGGACUCUGAUGAUGAACCAAAAAUGCAACAAAUUAUUGUCAGGAAGGAAGAUAUGAUACGUUGCAACAUGUGCUUGGAUCCAGGUCUACUGCCUGUUGAAGAGGAUAGGCCUAGGCAUAGACUCUCUGUUCAUGCAAACAAAUUAUUCUUCUGUGAUAUAUGUGAACCUCAUGAGAAAGGUGCAAAAGGGUUCGAGGAUUUCAAGGAUGUUGUGAAGCAUGUUUGCCACGAGAACGGGAUCCUACCUGGAGACAAGAAGAACUUGCAUGAGAUGAUCAGGAUCCCGGGACAAAAGGACUUCCUCAAAUUGUUCAAGUGUCUCUUCUGUCCGGGGGACGGAGUAAAGUUUGUCGGGAUGAAGGAGGAAUGUUUUCUGGAACAUAUUAGGAACCAGCACGGAGACAAGGCGCCUAGACGGAAACCGGAGAAAUUGAUUCGUGAGUGCCGGAUCUGUUCCGUGGUCUGCAGUACGGAUACGGAGCUGUCGGAGCACGUGACCACGCACAUUAACCUUAGGGGUACUCAUCCCUUUGCUGGGUUCGGACCCAGGGUUCAUGAUGAUGGAGAUAGUUUGAGUGAAGGAGAGUUAGUUAAUUCUCAGGACAUGAAAACUCGAGAGUGGGAGAACAGAACAAAUGAAUUUAUGGAAUUACUGAAAAAACGAAAGAAGAGAGAACCCCCAUCUUCCGAAUCAGAACAGUCCGAUAGUUCAAUGGAUCAUGCGAUGGAGCUGAAGCGGAAAAGAAAACAUAGGAAAUCCUCCCCGUUAGGUUCUCCGGUUAGGGGUAAAUCUCAAGAUAAGAAACGAAAGUAUUCUCCUCCUAGAUAUCCAUCUAAACAUAGAACUCCUCCGCGGAUCGCAGAAUCAGGGAGGAAAAGCUUAUCUAAAGAUUUUGCCCGCUCUUUAGAAAAGGAACAGCGUGAAAGCUUUUAUUCACCUCCACAAAAUAAAAAAUGGAUCUGUCCCUUCUGCCCUACUGGAGUUAGGGACUUGGAAAUCCAUUUAGAGGAUUUUCAUCAAGCGCAGUGCUUCAAGUGCAAAAAAUGUCCUGGCAAACUGUUCGUGUCCGUAGACAGAGCUAUUGAUCACUGUAAGUAUGAACACGGAGAUAAGAACCCUUUGGAUUCAGGAAGGAUUGUAUUCCCGGAGCAUCUAGAGAAGAUCCUCUGCGUGUUCUGUGACCCCCCGGAAAUAUUUGUUGGGAAGAGUAUUGAUGGUUUACAAAUAGAUCUUUUCCAUCAUCUUGAGCUCCAUGAGAAAAUUCACAAUGGGAGAGAGAGCAUAAUACAAGCAAAGGUUUUAUACUGUUGCCGAGUGUGCCCUGGUGAACGGUUUUCCGAGAAUGAUUUAUUAAAUCAUGUUUAUAAACAUAAUCUAGUUUAUGAUGCAGGACCAAAAGAGAAACUAUCUGGAUCAAUAGAUUGGAGAGCUCUGAGUAGAGAACGGAGAGGUUAUAGUAAAGAACGAAGAGGUCCAAGUAACGGCAGAAGAGAAUUAAGUAAAGCACGAAGAGUUCCGAGUAAAGAACGAAGAGUUGUAUCCCGAGAAGAAAUAUAUAAAGGAGGAUCUAAAGAACCUGUUAAGACAAGGAGUUCAUCAAGGAGAGGUUUUCUUCCUGAGACUAAUGUUCUACAUAGAUCACAGACUGUAUCCAGACAUGGACCCAGAGAAGCACGUUCACCUGUUCCUGCUCGACGUAGAUCACGGGAUAUGAGUGAAUACAGAUCUCCUAAGAAUGAUCGAAAGAGAUCGUAUGACUCCAGUAGAGAUAAAGCUCAAGUUCCAAAGCAAAAGCGACGCAGUGGAAGUUAUGCUCACCGGUUUAGUCCUAGUCCUGAGAGAACAAAUAAAGAUUUUCAUCGAAAUAUAUCUUCAAAUAGAGCUCUCAGUGAGAAUUAUCAAGCUCCCCUGGACGGUCGUCCGGAUGAAAUUUAUUUUAAAUGCAAGAUAUGCUUCAUGACUUUUACAGAUAUAAAACCUUUCCCUGCAAUGGAUCAUGUUCAGACUAAACAUAAAAGCUCUCUCCCACGUAACUUUGAAGAGAAAGAUCUCAUGAAAUUGAUUGUUAAUCCAAAUUUGCUGAUGAGCAUGGCCUGUAAAAUCUGUUCUAAAGAGUAUUUGUCGAAUGUGCAAACCUUAAAAGCUCCACUACGUGAGCACAGAGAAGUGCACAAGGACGUGAGUAUAUCUGUUAACGACAUGGUCCAGCUGGAGUGUAGGCUGUGCGACAAGGUACUAACCAGUCUCAGCCGAGUUGAUUCUAUGACAGAGCACACCCAAACUCAUAUUGGACAUAGAAAAAUGGUAACAGGAAGAGAAGAUAACAAUAAAUCUAAACACAGGGAUACGCAUAGAGAUGAAGUAAAAGUGGAAGAGAAGCAGUAUAAUCCUAUACUGAAUAUUAACCGUCAUCUUGCAACGGGUAGGAUGGAAAACAGAGAAAAUGAAGAGAAGUCUCGGAUACGGAUUAAGGAUAGACUUGGAACAAGACCUGAUAGGAAGGAAGAUGACAGUAUGUCAAGAUCAUGGGGCAAUAUUGGAGAUAGGUUUGGUGGAAGAGGCAGGUUUGAUGGGAAUGACCGAUUCCAGAAGUUUCAAAGCAACUGGAUUUGUUCUUCUUGUCGUUUUGACAACUUUGGACGGAACACCCGAUGUAAAAAGUGUAAUAAGCCGCCGUCAGCCUCAGGUUCUAAUUCUGGUUUUACCAGCGCUGACACUAGCCAAAACAAGAGAACCCCUAGACCCGUUAUAGUAGAUCCUGCUGAUGAAAUCAGGCUUCAGAUUGAGAUGAUGCAAAAGGAAGCGGCGGAGAAGUUUGAGACAGUUCGCUAUAUCAUUUCAUAUCUGCUAGAUUGCGUCCAAGACUAUUCAAGAACCAUGGAGGAGAAGGAGAAGAAAGGGAAGGAGGUUGAAUCUUUCCUAAGAAAUAUUAGGUUAGACAUGGAGCCCCCGGCCUCCAUGGAGCUUGAAAAGCCCGAAAAUGUAUCCGGAGUUUCUGAGGAUUUAGCUCUAAGUAGUCCUGAGUAUGUUCCAGAAAGUUCUGACGAGGAAGAAGAUAUCCAGGGGCAGACGUCGAAUCUUGUAGGAGACCAGAAUGAUCUUCAGGAACCAGAGCAAACUACUAAACUAGAGGAUAAUACAGAACCAGAGCAUAAUACAUCACCAGAGCUGAGCACUGAACUAGAUCACAGUAAUGAACUAGUUCAUAGUACUGAACUAGAGAAAAACACGGAACAAGUUCAAAGUACGGAGUUAGAGAAAAGUACGGAACUAGAGCAUGAAACCGAAAAGCUUGUUCAGAAAGACACCUAUCUCAAUUUAAAGGACUUAAGUCAGACUUCAAUGGAAUCAAGUGAGCAACAGGAGUCUAGUCCAACUAAAAAGGAACCCAGUCCAUCUGAUCAGGAAACUAGUCAAUUAGAGCAGGAACCUAGUUCAUCUGAGCAGAAACUCAGGCAAUUCGAGCAGGAACCUAGUCCACAUAAACAGGAACAUGGUAUUGGUCCAUCUGAACAGGAACCUAAUCAAUAUGAGCAGGAACAUAUUCCAUCUAAUCAUGAACCCAGUCCACACGAGCAGGAACAUAGUCCUAGUUCAUCAGACCCUUCGUUGGAACCUACUCAUCCUCUUCAGGAGCAUACUCUUACUCUUCCUGAUCCCUUUCCAAGUGUGCAUGAACCUACUGAGGUUAAAGAUGAUGAUAUAAAAAUCAAUGAAUAUAUUGAUGAGAACCCUGAGUCUCCUAUAAAGGUUGAAUCUGUGAAACAUCUCAAAGAAUUGAUGGAGCAGGACAAAACUGGAGAGAAGAGAUAUUUUAUUCCCCCCGAGUUAUCCAAGACCCAGGAGUAUCUUGAGUUCCUGCAGGACCGCAAGGAUACCUGGGAGGAACAUGAUGCUAUACAGAAUACCGAGGAUUCAAAACCGGAGUAGGGUUGACCCCCUUUAUGUAUUCCCGGACUUUAGGUCAACAAUAUGAUCUUAUUGUCAUAUCAUAUUGUUUUUUCCUAUCCUGUCUUCCAUGACUGGUUCUGAUCUAAAAGAUGUUGUUAAUGAUUUCACACUGAUUACUGACUUAAUUAUCAAAAUUCAUCUAGUGUACGUUUUAAAUAAAGAAUAUUUUUUUAAGAAACAAAUGAAAUUUUAAGUGGAUUACUAUUUAACAAGUAAAUAUGAUAAUAUGCAUGGACUAUUUUAAAAUAUCUGGCAAAAAUUUGACAACCAUGAAAUUUCUUCGUGAUUUGUAUUGGAAAAAUUAAAAAUGUGAUCACAACCAUAGUUUAUUGAUAUAUCCCUGUUAUUUCUCUUGGAAAGAAUUUGAAAUGAAUCUUGUUAUUUUUAUACUUUCAGAAA